CGUCAGCGUUUAGAAAUCGAAAGAUCUUUUUCGUCCGUGAAGAAGGAGGGCUGAAUGAGAAAGGGAAGGAUGUGGGACAGUCGCUGCUGUUAGACCCGUGUGAAAUAACUUCUGCUCCUACAUUCAUCUCUUGUGCAAAAACACUUAACGCGAACCAACAACCGAGCUAGCGUAAAAAUGGGCAAUCGCGUAGUUCGUGAAGAUUUCGAGUGGGUUUAUACAGAUCAGCCUCACGCGGACCGGAGGAAAGAGAUUCUGGCUAAAUACCCUGAGAUCAAGUCUCUGAUGGGACCUGACCCCAGACUGAAAUGGAUAGUCUGUACGAUGGUUGCUGUUCAGUUUUUGGCCGCCUUUUUGGUGAAGGACUUGCCCUGGAAAUGGGUCUUGUUCUGGACAUAUGCAUUUGGGAGUUGCAUAAACCAUUCAAUGACACUAGCAAUUCAUGAGAUCUCUCACAACACCGCUUUCGGCAACAACCGCGCCAAAUGCAACCGCUGGUUUGCCAUUUUUGCCAAUCUGCCCGUUGGGUUGCCUUACUCGGCAUCGUUUAAACGCUACCAUCUGGACCACCAUCGCUACUUGGGUGGAGAUGGCGUGGACGUUGACAUCCCCACUGACUUCGAGGGCUGGUUCUUUUGCACCCGUUUGCGCAAGCUCAUCUGGAUAAUGUUCCAGCCCCUGUUCUACGCCAUCCGUCCCCUCUACAUCAACCCCAAACCCAUCAGUCAACUAGAGAUCAUUAACACUGCCGUACAGCUCGCGUUCAAUGCUCUCCUCUAUUGGGUAUGGGGUGCCAAGCCCUUGGUCUAUAUGCUGAUGGGCUCAUUGUUAGGAAUGGGUCUCCAUCCCAUCUCAGGACACUUCAUUGCUGAGCAUUACAUGUUCCUCAAAGGCCAUGAGACCUACUCUUACUAUGGAUCCCUCAACCUGCUGACUUUCAACGUCGGGUACCACAACGAGCACCAUGACUUCCCUAGCAUUCCAGGAUGCCGACUGCCGAUGGUGAAGAAGAUCGCAGCCGAGUACUACAAAGAUCUUCCAUGUUACACGUCAUGGGUGAAAGUGCUUUAUGACUUUAUCAUGGACGAUGAACUGAGUCCGUACUCCCGUGUGAAGAGACGACUGACAGGAGACAUCAAACAAGAGUGACGCUUCUAACCAAUCCCUGCUCACCCGCACCAGACCGCAGACUGUCUUAGCCUUCACCUGACUGAGAGUGAAGAAGGUUGUAGUGAUUUUUAGUCAUAAUUCCAGUCUCCGUGACAAAAGGAACGGCCGUGCUACUUUGGUUUUUAGCAAGUGUGCUGAUGAAUUUUAAUUGUGAACCAAAACUUUUGAGCUCUUCUAUUGCACAUGGUCUGAAGAUUCUGACUCUUUUAUUUUAGUUUAGUGGAAUUUUCAUGUUUUGCAUUUCAAUGCUAAUGUUUCUAAUUCCUGCGUGGCAGAUUUUAAACAUUAGGAGAUUAAAUAGGUCAGCAGUUCAUGUAGCUCUACAUGCUGAUUCAGUGUUCUUCUGCUUAUCUGUCUGCUCUCCUGUAAAUAAAUAAAUGAAUAACGCUGACCGAGCUCACCAAUGCAAUAUAAUGUUCAUGUUGUCAAGGCAAUGCAUCAUAUUACAAUAACUAUAGAUCUGCAUCAUCAGAUUAUGGUCCAGUCCCUGUAAUACUGAAAUAUAUUAAUGUUACUCAUCUCUUAUUAAUAGACGCCAAUGUCAGGCGGUUUGGUGUUCAGGCCUGUGUGUUCGUGCCUCCAUUAUAGUAUAUUAUUUAAAUAAAACAACUUUGGCUAACAGUGAAGAACAGAGCUGUCUGACAACAUUUGUAUGUUUUAUAUAUAUAUCAAAAGAACUGAAAAGCCUUAAUAAAUCUGAGCUGGCGUCUAAUAAA